AUGGCUGCUCCCCGUGCCAGCGCCGAUAAGGCCCACGACCCUGGUCACGCCGACGAUAAGAAGGAUAUCAGCCAGGUUGAGCGUGUUUUAUCCGUUGGCGACGAAAAGGGUGACCACGUCAAUUACGACCGUAUCGACAAGGAGGUCGCCCAGUAUGCCGGCGACACUGAAGUAUACAUCUCGGAGGAAGAGAACAAGCGCCUCAAGAGGCUGAUUGACAGGCGUGUGCUGCCCAUCAUGGUCAUCACCUACUUUUUGCAGGCCCUCGACAAGGGCACCAUGUCCAUGACUUCCAUCAUGGGUAUCCGCGACGAUGUCCCAGUCCUGAAGUCGAACCAGACAUUUGGGUGGCUCACCACGUGUAUUUACCUCGCUGUGCUCGUCGUUGAAUACCCCACCAACUGGAUCCUGCAAAGAGUGCCAGUCGCCAAAUACCUCGGCUUCAACAUCCUCGCAUGGAGUACCGUACUAGCCUGCCAUGCCCUCUGCUUCAGCUUCCCGGCCCUCGUCGCCGUACGAACACUGCUUGGUGUCUUUGAGGCAGUUUGCCAGCCUUGCUUCCUCAUCAUGACAUCGCUCUGGUACAAGCGCGAAGAGCAAGCUCACAUUGUGACAUACUGGUACAUGAUGAACGGUAUGCAGCAGAUUGUCGGCGGUCUGUUGGCCUACGCCUUUUCCCAGAUCAGGCAUCCUAGCUUCAAAAAAGACCCCGGAAACGCAUCGAUUCGCUCAUGGCAGGCCAUUUUCAUCACCUACGGCUGCAUCUCUUUUCUGUGGGGACUGGUUGUCAUUUGGAGGCUUCCUGACAGCCCCAUGCGCGCCAAAUGCUGGUCUGAAGAGGACAAGAAACUGCUUGUUGAGCGUGUCCGCUCCAACCAGACUGGACUCCAGAACAGAAAGUUCCGCGCAUACCAGUUCAAAGAGGCCCUUAUGGACCCUCAGACCUACUGCUACAUGGGCAUCCAGGUCUUUACUACGCUCCCUACUUCCGGACUCGGCGCUUUCUACAACAUCAUCAUCAACGGUCUCGGCUUCACCAUCCUCCAGACCCAACUUCUCGCCAUGGUUCUUGGUGUUGUUAUUAUCGCCACACUGAUGGGUUCGGCCUGGAUUGUUAAGAGGACGAAGCAGAACCUGUUGACCAUGGCGAUAUUCUUGAUUCCAGCCUUCACCGGCACCAUUGUCAUCAUGAAUGUCAAGAACACCAACAACGCUACCCGUGCCGGCCUGCUCAUCAGUUACUGGAUUAUUUUCACCUUCUGGGCAGCCCAGGGUCUCGGCAUGUCCAUGUUGACGCGCAACGUCGGCGGCCAAACGAAGAAGUCUGUCUGCAUCACCAUGAACUUCUUCGCCUGGUGCGCGGGCAACGCGAUCGGCCCUAAAGUCUUUUUCGACAACGAUCCUCGCUACCUCAAGUCGCUGGCCAUCCAUCUUGGCUGCUACUCUGCGCUCGUCUGCGUCAUCAUCUUCCUGCGAUUCAACCUCACCAUGCGCAACAAGAAGAAGGACCGUGAAUUCGGAAAGGAAAUUAACAAUACGCAUGGAUUUGACGACUUGACCGAUAGAGAGAACCCCAAUUUCCGCUACGUCUACUAG